AUGAAGUCAAUGAAGGUUUCUCGGGCCGGUGUGAAGCGCGCGUUCAGCUCGAGCGCUGGACGUCGCGACGAGAAGCCCAUCAUGAACCGGUACUCGCGCACGGUCACACAACCGAAGGACCAGGGUGCCAGUCAGGCUAUGUUGUACGCGACAGAGGGCAUUAACUCCGACGAGGACUUCAACAAGGCCAUGGUCGGUGUCGCCAGCGUUUGGUAUGAGGGCAACCCAUGUAACCGGCAUCUUCUUGGGCUGGGUCAACGCGUGAAGAAGUCUCUUGAAAACGCUGGCAUCGUGGGGUAUCAAUUCGGUACUGUUGGCGUCAGCGACGGCAUCAGCAUGGGCACCCGCGGAAUGUCGUUUUCCCUUCAGUCUCGCGACCUGAUUGCCGACCAGGUCGAGUCUGCUGCUGGUGGACAUUGGCUCGACGGUAUGGUCACCGUACCCGGAUGUGACAAGAACAUGCCUGGUGUACUCAUUGCUCUGGGAAGGUUAAAUCGCCCUGGUAUGAUGGUGUACGGUGGAACGAUUCGCCCAGGAUCAUGCGCAGGCCAGCCCCAGCUUGACCUCGUGUCUGCAUUCCAGUCAUACGGGCAGUACUUGCAAUCAGGCAAGACGGAGGAAGCAGAGAAGAUUCGCUACGACACCGUUAGGCAUGCAUGCCCCGGUCCUGGCGCAUGUGGUGGCAUGUACACGGCCAACACAAUGGCCAGCGCCGCGGAGGCACUCGGCAUGACAUUGACCGGAUCGUCUUCGUUCCCCGCAGAGUACGAGGAGAAGCACGCUGAGUGUGAUGCUGUUGGUCCCGCAAUGCGCAACCUGCUUGAGAAAAACAUCUUGCCGAGGGAUAUCAUGACGCGCUCGGCCUUCGAAAAUGCGAUGGUGCUUACGAUGAUCCUUGGUGGAUCGACGAACGCCGUAUUGCACCUCAUCGCCGUCGCACAUUCGUGCGGUAUUGAGCUUACCAUUGACGACUUCCAAGCCGUAUCUGAUCGUACGCCGUUCAUCGCCGACCUGAAGCCCAGUGGCAAGUACGUGAUGGAGGACGUGCACAAGAUCGGCGGCAUUCCCAAAAUUCUCGCUUAUUUGCUGAAGCACAAGCUCAUCGAUGGCGACAACAUGACUGUCACUGGCAAGACUCUGGGCGAGAACCUCGAGCAGUGGACACACAAGUAUGGCGAGCUCGACACGAGCCAGGAUGUUAUUCGUCCCCUCGACCAACCCCUCAAGCCGUCCGGUCAUAUCCGAAUCCUGAAGGGCAAUCUCGCGCCAGGCGGCGCUGUCGCUAAAAUCACCGGCAAGGAAGGCCUCGAAUUUACCGGAAAAGCUCGCGUAUUCGAUAACGAGGAGGACUUCGUCCAUGCGGUCGAAAGCGGCUCUAUCAAGAAGGGUGAAAAGACGGUCGUUGUGCUGCGCUAUCUAGGCCCGAAGGGCGGUCCUGGUAUGCCGGAGAUGCUCAAGCCGACGAGCUUGAUCAUGGGCGCUGGUCUUGGGAAGGAUGUCGCGUGCUUGACAGACGGACGGUUCAGUGGCGGCUCGCACGGCUUCGUGAUCGGACACGUCGUCCCUGAGGCGCAGGUCGGCGGCCCGAUUGCUCUCGUGCGCGACGGGGACGUGAUCACCAUCGAUGCCGAGGCCAACACGAUGGACAUGGACGUGACAGAAGACGAGCUUGCGGAGCGCCGGGCACAGUGGAAGGCUCCCCCGCUCAAGGUCAACCAGGGCACGCUCUACAAGUACGUCAAACUCGUCGGAGACGCCAGCCAUGGUUGCAUUACGGACGCUUGA